CGGCCGGCUGUUGGGAAACACACGCGCGCGGGUUCGCACGUCCACGGCGCGGCGCGGGCACAAAUGGGCGCGCGUGCGCAGAGCUGAUCGCGGGCCGAGCCGUGGCACAGCUCGGGUGUCGGCAUGUGAACGUGCGUGUGACAGUUCGGGCUGGUUUCUGGCCGCUUGUGAAGUUUCCGUCCUCUCUAGCGCACCGGAGAUCACCGUUCUUGUUGUUUGAUUCUCGCGAAGGAAAAAAAAAAAAACCUUCAGCAAAGUCUUCGUCCUGGAAGCGCGGGCCUGGAAUGGCGUCGUGGCGCCGCGGCCGCAGGAGGCGCCCGCGGCGGAGGUCGGCGUCGGGAGUGUGACGAUGGGGCGCGUGCCGCGGGGGUGACGACCCCGCCACAGCGGCAGGGACCAUGACUCCGGCGCCCCGCCGGUCGCCGCUCACGCUUGUGCUGGUCGCCGCGGCGCUGGGCGCCCUCGCGUCGGCAGCGAGGACCGCCGAGUUCGUCAAGGGGAAGAAGUUUCGGCCAGGCGGCCUUCUGGAAGCGCCCUACCAGAAGCGAGUCUGCAUCGGCACCAACGGCCGCAUGUCGGUGCCGUCGAACCGCGAGCACCACUACCGCAACCUGCGCGACCGCUACACCAACUGCACGUACGUGGACGGCAACCUGGAGCUGACGUGGCUGCAGGACGAGCACCUGGACCUCAGCUUCCUGCAGCACAUCCGCGAGGUCACCGGCUACGUGUUCAUCUCGCACGUGGACGUGAGCCGCGUCGUGCUGCCUCGCCUGCAGAUCAUCCGCGGCCGCACCGUCUUCAAGCUCAGCAUCUACGAGGAGGAGUUCUCGCUGCUCGUCACGCUCUCCAAGAUGCACAACCUGGAGAUGCCGGCUCUCAGAGACAUCCUGGGCGGGAGCGUCGGCCUGUUCAACAACUACAACCUCUGCCACAUCCGCACCAUCAACUGGACCGAGAUCAUCACGGGCAGGAACGCGAGCUACGUGUACGUGUACAACUUCACGUCGCCGGAGCGCGACUGCCCGCCCUGCGACCCCAGCUGCGAGAAGGGCUGCUGGGGGGAGGGCCCCCGCAACUGCCAGAAGUUCUCCAAGGUGAACUGCAGCCCGCAGUGCUACCAGGGCCGCUGCUACGGCUCGGAGCCGCGCGAGUGCUGCCACCUGUUCUGCGCGGGCGGCUGCACGGGCCCCAAGCAGAGCGACUGCCUCGCGUGCCGGGAGUUCUACGAUGACGGGGUCUGCACCCAGGAGUGCCCGGCGAUGCAGAGGUACAAUUCCAUCACCUACUCGUGGGAGACUAACCCGGAUGGGAAAUUCGCCUACGGCGCUACGUGUGUCAAGAAGUGUCCCGAGCAUCUCCUGAAGGACAACGGAGCCUGCGUGCGGAGUUGCCCUCACACUAAGAUGGCUGUGAACGGGGAGUGCGUUCCUUGCACCGGUCCCUGCCCCAAGACAUGCGACGGCGUCAACGAGAUUCACUCUGGGAACAUCGACAGUUUCCGCGACUGCACCAUCAUUGAAGGGAACUUGAUGAUUUUGGACCAAACUUUCAAGGGCUUCCAGCAGAUUUACGCAAACUUCAGUUUUGGCCCUCGUUACCAGAUGAUGCAUCCAGACAACCUGGAGGUCUUCAGCACCUUGCGCGAAGUUACGGGCUUUGUCAACAUCCAAGGAUAUCAUAAGGAUUUCACAAAUUUGUCCUACUUCAGGAAUCUGGAAGUGAUCGGAGGAAGGGCACUCACCGAAUAUUUUGCUUCCCUGUACAUUGUGAAAACGUCACUCCAGUCUCUGGGCUUGCGUUCCCUAAAGAAGAUUCAUGCUGGAAGCGUGGCCAUACUGGAGAACAAGAACCUUUGCUUCGCUCAGAACAUUGAUUGGAAGAAAAUCAAGAAGUCAUUAUCUCAUGGAAUAUUGCUGCAAAACAAUAAACCAGAGCUUGAUUGCAAGGCGGAGGGCCUGGUGUGCGACCCCGAGUGCACCGCGGAGGGCUGCUGGGGCCCCGGGCCCGACCAGUGUCUCUCCUGCACGCACUUCCAGAUGGGCGACAAGUGCCUGCCCGACUGCGACUCUGUCUCCGGCAUGUACAAGUCCGGCGCGAAGGUGUGUGAGCCGUGCCACGAGGAGUGCGAGCUGAUGUGCCACGGGCCGGGUCCCGGGAACUGCACCACGUGCAGGCACGUGCGCGACGGGCCCUUCUGCGCGCAGGCGUGCCCCGUCAGCAAGUACGACGACCGCGGGGAGUGCCGGCCGUGCCACGAGAACUGCGUGGGCGGCUGCUCCGGUCCGGCCAACACCAUUGGCCCCGGCGGCUGCCGCUCGUGCCACAAGGCCGUCAUCAACGGCGACGUCCACGUGGAGACGUGUCUGGGCCGGAACGAGACGUGCCCCGACGGGCACUUCCCGGAGUACGUGAGCCCCCAGGAGCAGGGGGAGCUGCGCGCGCUGGCCAGCAAGGUGGCGUGCCGGCGCUGCCACCCGCGCUGCCGGCGCUGCACGGGCUACGGCUUCCACGAGCAGGUGUGCCAGGAGUGCGCGGCCUACAAGCGCGGGGAGCAGUGCGAGGACGAGUGCGCGCCCGACCACUUCGUGCACGAGGACACGCGCUCCUGCCUGCCGUGCUCGCUCGAGUGCCGCAGCUGCUACGGGCCCGGCACGGCGCGCUGCUUCAGCUGCCGCAACUACCGCGUCUACCAGAAUGGAGUGUAUGCAGACAACUCCACUGCGUUCAACUGCACAGCACACUGUCCGUCAGAAUACCCGUACAAGAUCUUCCCUCAAGACGGCGAACCCUACUGCUCGACGGAACCCACAGAAAUGAGUUACCGUGGGGAGGCGACGAACAAUGCGAUGGUGAUGUGGGCGUCGAUCGGCGCGAGCCUGGCGCUGGCGGUGAUAGUGACGGGCCUGAUCGUGUGCUGCGUCUCGCGCCAGCGGGCCAAGGAGCAGGAGAACGCAGUGAAGAUGACGAGGAUGCUGACGGGGCUGGACGACGAGCCUCUCAGGACGACCAACGCCAAGCCGAACCUCGCCAAGCUGAGGAUUGUCAAGGAGGCUGAGAUCCGGAAGGGAGGCAUCCUGGGAUACGGGGCAUUCGGAACGGUGUACAAGGGCGUGUGGGUCCCGGAGGGGGAGCACGUGAAGGUCCCGGUGGCCAUCAAGGUGCUGCGGGACGGCACGGGCGCCAACACGAGCAAGGAGUUCCUGGAGGAGGCGUACAUCAUGGCGACGGUGGAGCACCCCAACCUGCUGCGGCUGCUUGCGGUCUGCAUGACGUCGCAGAUGAUGCUCGUGACGCAGCUCAUGCCGCUCGGCUGCCUGCUGGACUACGUCCGUAGCAACCGCGACAAGGUCGGCUCCAAGCCGCUGCUCAACUGGUGCGCGCAGAUCGCCAGAGGCAUGUCGUACUUGGAGGAGAUACGGCUGGUGCACCGUGACCUGGCGGCGAGGAACGUGCUGGUCCAGACGCCCAACUGUGUCAAGAUCACGGACUUUGGCCUGGCGAAGCUGCUAGACAUCAACGAGGACGAGUACAAAGCGGCCGGGGGCAAGAUGCCCAUAAAGUGGCUGGCUCUCGAGUGCAUCCAGCACAGGAUAUUCACGCACAAGAGCGACGUUUGGGCUUUCGGUGUGACGGUGUGGGAGCUGCUGACGUACGGCGGCCGGCCGUAUGAGAAUGUCCCCGCGAGAGACGUGCCCGAGCUGCUGGAGAAGGGGGAGCGUCUUCCCCAGCCCCGGAUCUGCACCAUCGACGUCUACAUGAUCAUGAUCAAGUGCUGGAUGCUGGACGCGGAGAGCCGCCCCAGCUUCAAGGAGCUUGCCGAGGAGUUUGCGAGGAUGGCUCAAGACCCGGGCCGCUACCUGGUCAUCCCGGGCGACCGCUUCAUGCGGCUGCCGGCCUACACCAAUCAGGACGAGAAGGACAUGAUUCGCAACCUCUCGUCUGUGCUGGACGGCCCAGAGCCCGUGGUCGACGCAGAUGAGUACUUGCAGCCCAAGUCACGCGCCCCCGUCGCUCUCGACCUCACCUCAUCCAACGAGUCGUCGUCCCCCGUCCCGGACACUCCCACGCUGAAGGCAUGGCCGGGAGGGGCAGCGCCCGCAGAGUCCCCCACCCCUCAGAACCAGCAGAACUGGGACCGGGAGAUGAUGCGGUACGCGGGCAGCGACGGCAGCGACGUGACGGACCGCCUGCGGCCCGCCUUGCGACAGCACGGCUCCGACGGGAGCAGCUCUCGCUACUGCAGCGACCCCCUCAACGCCAGAGCGAUGGAUGGAGGCCCGCUGCAGGAUGACUGUUUCGACAACAACAAUGGGGCUGCCAAAGUUGGCGCCCUGAAACUGGACCUGCCAGUGGACGAAGAUGACUACUUAAUGCCUCUACCACAGCAGAUCCAGAAUGCAACCAUGUACAUGGAUAUAAUUGGAGAUGCCAAGAUAUCAGAUAACCCGGAAGCAAGGAACGGAGUUUACCGCAGCUUCCCCGACUUCCUUCCGCUGGCUGGGAGGACCAAGACGAGCAUCGACAACCCAGAGUACAUCAUGAACAGCUCGGACCCAGGCCUGGUGCACCUCUCCAACACGCUGGGGAUCCCCACGAGCGAGUGCGCCCAGCCCACGUGCAACGGCAGCGUGCCUCAGCGGCCGUACGUCACCCAGCAGAAGUCCUCGGAGGAGGAGUCCGACCACGAGUACUACAAUGACUUCGACAGGCUCCAGCGCGAGCUGCAGCCGCUCAAGCCCAUGAGGAGGAACGAAACCACCGUCUAGCGUCUGCCGUAGUGCGGCAAGACACUACCGUUUCCUCGUCGGAGGCGGCAACGGUUAUGAGGAUAGGAAACAAGUAUUUGAAAACUCGUGCUCAGGAAUCAUACCUGUGUUAUGUCUACCCACUAUUAGUGUGUUACACAAGUACCAAUCUGUAGAACUUAUUUUUAAUUUUUUCUCUGACAGUGAAGUCGUAAUGCAAACAGCGUUGAACGCUUUUAGGGGGUAAAAAGUGAUAAUGUGUCUUAAGACACACACAUAACUGUUGUAUUUCAAACUUUAUGGGUGCACGCGCCAUAGUUCACAAACAUAUACAAUAAUUUCACCUCCUGUGCACACCGUACAUCAUUUGUAGAGGUGAAAGUGAAUCAUAUGAUCAUUUAGUACAGUGCUAUGAUGUAGGGUACACUUGUUCGCAAGAAAUAAACUUAAUUUGUACUCCGUAAAUGUGUCGAAAGUGAAAAAAAAAAAAAAGUGCCAGAAAUGUGAGUGAUAGAGAUUUUAACUGCAUGUUUGUGUUUUAUCCUAUGUAACGUACUCUAGCAGAAUGAUUUUGUGCAAAUAGGAAUAUCUUGCUGAUUUAUAAUCUGUUAACAAAAAAUUACUUUACUAUGAGAUAGUAAAUUAUUAUUUUGACUAUUAUUGCAUAUACAAGAAAAUGUGUUUAAAUAUUUUACAAGUUUGACUGUUCUUAAAUUUUUUAUCUGAUGGUUACAACAGUUUAUUUACUACUUUUUUUUAUUUGUAUCAUCAUAAAAAAUAAUCUUAAAUGAUCUCUGAAUAGGAUAUUUUUGCAAUACAAUAAAAGCUAUUGUGCUAACAUUUAGCCACAUACAAUAAUAAAAUUUUUAACUCUAGUCUUUAAAUAAUGAAAGUAUAAAUGUACAGUUUAAAUAAAAUGAGAGAUUCUAUAUUUGCACUUUGGCAUUAUGCUGAGAUACUUUUUCGACUGUGAUAAUUUUUGAUUAAUGUAUUUUUAAAACUAUAUAUAUGCAUUUUAUUGCGACUUGGUUCCACGAAAUGUCUGCUGUGUUUGGGCCACUGCAAUAGAGAGGGACCAAUAAAACAAGAUGACAAUUAUUUGUAAAUGUGUAUGGAAGCCAUUCCUCCCAGUUCAGAUGCAGUUCUUUUAUAGAUCUCCUCCCCUAGGGAAGACAUUAAAAACAUUUGUAAGUGUGUAAGACAUAUGUACUUGUAUUAUAGUUUUAUGUGUAGUUAAAUGCCUUUUGUUGAAUGUUUUAUUGAUUAUAUUUACAAUUUUUAUACAAAGGUGCCAUUUUGUUCAGGAGUGUUUAGCACAGGGCAAUGCAGGAUAAAAACUAGUUACUAUUUAUUUACACUUUCUUCGUCUUAAAAUGAAUAACAGUUUCAGUGAUGAACGGGAGGAUUUUUUAUUAAAAUUAAAAUCUAUUGUCGAAAUUGUGUUCUAAACAGUUGAUACAUAGAAGCAUGUUAUGAAAAUAUAUUCAGUUCCCCUUUAUGUUUAUCUAAAACUAAUAAUUAUCAAACUGUUAUAAUUAAAUAUAUAUAAAGUGUCAAAUCAUUGUAGUUGAAUUGCCAUCAUUAUAUUUCACAAGUACAAAUUUUUAUGGGGAAAUAUGAGAGUUUGAAUAUGAUAAUCUGUAUUUCAAAGGGUUAUUUUUAUCUAGCUUAAAAUAGUAAUGAUUUGUAAAUUAAUGUACUAUUUUUUCUUUAAGUAGUAUAUUUCUGUUAAUUAAAAAAUAUUUAUGAAAUUUGUACUUAAAGAUAUUUUAAGUUCGUGGCUAGCAGCAAGCAUUAUCAUAAAUAUCAAAAUUUGUUAAGUGAAAUUUACUUAAGAGUUGGUAUAUGCCUUUAUUGCAAACUAGGGGGGAAAAAUCAGAUAAACAUUUGGCUGAAUUUUAGUGUAAAUACAGUAUUGCUGUUACAUUACAAGUUAAAGAAGUUAUGUGAGCAACAUUAUUCUUUUGAAGUUACAUUGGCCACUGCAAAUCACGUAGUUUAUAUCUUGUUAUUCUCGAAAAAUGAUAGGCUUAUGAGGAGCAGUAAUUUUUUUUAAGAGUGUCUGCUACCACAUAAAGAAGUACUAACACAAUUCCAAGGAAGCAUUAAAUAUAAAGUUGUUGAUAUAACUGAGUGUCAAUUGUAUCUACAAACAAAUAAUUCCUAUCUGAAAAUUGUGUGACUACUACACAUUUACACAUUGAAAUUCCAUUGCAGAAACUUUAUUCAUAAUUCCAUCCUUGUUUGAUGUUUUUUUUUAGAUUUUAAUUCAAAACAUUGUGAAACCACAUUUGUUGCAGAUGCUCUAUUAAGUCAGGUCACAAAUGAUCUUAUUGUCUAAAGGCAGCUUUAGCAAAAUUUUCUGUGUACAUUAUUAUUUUUUUUUACAAAAUCACAGAUUCCUCAAAAGCCCACAUAAUAAAUAGUUUUCCACGAGGUUUAACUGUCAACUAAAAUAAUUGUUUUUAUGAUUUUUUUUUCAGUGAAGUGUACAAAUGUAUAGCUAUAUAUCUGUUAUGAAUUUAUUCAUAAAUUAAUAUUUAGUUCAAAAUAUUCAUUACUUAUGAUUUGAUAAAGUACAGCAACUGUUAAGAUUACAGAUACAAAAACCAUCAGAUUUGAUAUUGUCAAGAUCUAAAGAAGCCAAUUUAUACUUUAAAAGUUAAGUUGAACUGGUUAACAAGACAUUGUACCUAAAGCUACUAUGUUUGUAAUAAAUAUAUGAAAUAUAUUUGUAAACUUUUUUUAGUGUUUUGCUUCCAGUUCAUAACCACAAUUAAGUUGUUGAUUGACAAUUAAGAUACAGUUAUAGCAGUAUCAGAUAAAUUUAUUAGACAGUACAGGGAGGUAGAAGGGCAGAAAAACAGAAUUAUAAUUUAAAUAUGAUACAAAACAGUAAUAAAAAUAAUCUGCUUGAAUAAAGUUUGAAUAUAAUUUGCUUAGGAAAGACAUAUGUAUAUGACAUAUACAUAUUCAGGGCGUACCGGUGUUACGAUCUGAAUUAUUGGUGGAAAUAGUGGGCACGUGGACCCGGCUUGAUACUCUUACUCAGGGCGUUACGUGGCCCGUGUGCGGCAAGAUAUUAGCCCUCCU